UUUCCUUAUCCUCUGAACUCUCUGCUCUGCAUAUCGUAAGCAGCACUUCAAUCGAUUCUACGCUUUACAAAUCCCGCAGGGCUGGUUGGACCUCUGUUGCAUUAAAUUCAUGGCUCUCUUCUCGUCUCCUUUCUCUUACCUCCCCUCCUCACCGCAAGACAGCAGCAGAGCCAUCACCAUCCCUCAUUCUUUCAACUCUAAUGCUUUUUUACUCCCCCAGUCUCCAACAAUCUCUACCUCCUCCCAUCUCGCUCCGACGAUCCUGUUUCGUUCCCCGCGAAAUUCCCUCAAUCAGAUACUGACGCUGAGCCUUUCAGCCGCUUCCAUGUCAUCUUCCACUAAGAUCACCGAUUUCGAUGCAGCAGUCGACGAAUUGGAGUUGGAUGAGGAUGACCUAACCGCGUCGCCGUGGGAAGGUGCUGUGGUUUACCGGCGAGAUGCUUCGGUGACCCACGUCGAGUACUCGACCACGCUUGAGCGUUUGGGUCUUGACAAGCUCGCCUCGGGGCUCUCUAGGUCCAAGGCUUCUGCAAUGGGGAUCCGAUUACCGGCCAGGAUGGCGAGGGAGGCGACUCUGGCCAAUGAGACGCCUGUGCUGAUCUCCAUUGACGUUACGAGGCGGAAGCGCAGGUUGAAACUCGAUGGAAUCUUGCGCACGGUUAUUACCCUUCGUUGCAACAGGUGUGCUGAACCAGCCACUGAAAGCAUCUUCUCCAACUUUGCUCUCUUAUUAUUAGAGGAUCCCAUCGAAGAAGAUCAAGACAAAAUUAACAUGGGAGUGCUCUACGGCGAGGACGACAUCAAUCCUGCCACCAGAUUCAACAACGACGAAAUGGAAGAUGAUGAAAAGCUUAUAGAUCAGGAUGAUAAGCUCUACUUCCCUUGCCAAGAAAAAGAAAUAGAUAUUUCUAAACACAUCAGAGACCUGGUGCAUCUUGAGAUUACCAUAAAUGCUAUCUGUGAUGCGAAUUGCAAAGGUCUAUGCCUCAAAUGCGGCGAGAACCUGAACAAGAAGAGUUGUAGUUGCAGCAGCCGGAAGGUUGAGCAAGCCACAGAAUAUGGACCUCUCAGGAAUCUCAGAAAGCAAAUGCAGCAGAGUUAAUACUAUUCUGGAAUAGUUACACACACAUCACUUGAAACAUUGCUAUUUAUAAAACCAGCACCAAUGUGAUUAUUUUGGACUACUGAACCAAUGUAUUCACAUGUGCCACAAUCUAGCCAUUAAAGAUGGGUUAGGGUUUUUUUCGUGAAUUUUGAUAUUCGAGCGGGAAUUUGAAAAAUGGUUGAUAGGGAGCACUAGAUUUGUAAAUAACAAUAUUUCGAGUGUUAUGUAUGUUUAUUUUUUCUUCCAUGCAUUUAUGCAUAAACUUGAGAUUACUGAAGGCAUGCCAUUGUGUUGAUUGGUGUGAAGAGUUUGGUGACUGGAGUAACUGUUCAUUCUUUUUGUAGAAUGACUGUUGUGGAUGUUAGGCAGUAUGGAUUGGAUUUCAACUGUCAGAUUA